AUGGACGUGGAGUUCAAGGGGAAGGUCUACGGCAUUCCCACCAAACUGCUGGCAGUUGUUUUCAUUCAUUUCCUUGCUUCCGAGGGCACCACCGAGCGUUGGCAGCAGCAGCCCCUGACGGAUGUCUACACGGAGCUGGAUGUCAUCUACGGAGCAGAAGUCAGCCCCGACGAGCGGCACGAGGUCCUUCAGAUGGAGACGUGCACCGCGGUCAAGGAGUCUAUCCUGCCAUGCGACAUCUUCAAAAGCCCUGAUGGGACGCAACGACUGAUACGCACACUUCUUACUGUCGGCUUCGCGGGAAUCGGAAAAACCUUCUUGGUUCGAAAGUUUGUGUUGGACUGGGCCACUAGAAAUAGCAAUCAGGAUGUGCACUUCAUAUUUCCCUUCACCUUCCGCGAGUUGAACAUGGACAAAGGAAAAAGCUUCACGUUGGCCGAGCUUAUCCGACUCUACGUGUGGCACAUGAGCGAGGGGACGCUGAACAAAAUAUUUGCCGACCUGCAGAUGUCCGGGAGGCGGGACUACGAAAGCAGCAGGAUUAAGAUCUUGUUUGUCCUGGACGGACUGGAUGAGUGCUGCUUCAAAAUGGACUUAAAGAACCACACCAAAGUGGACAUAGAUUUGAAGAAGGCUUACCCGCUGGAGGUGCUCCUGGCGCACCUCGUCAAAGGGAACCUGCUUCCUUGCGCCCGGGUUUGGAUUACCACGCGGCCCGCGUCGGCCCGCGAUAUCCACUCCGACUUCAUCGACAGCCGAACAGAAGUGAGAGGAUUCACCGAUUCUCAGAGGUUGGAGUACUUCAGGAAAAGGUUCCCAAAUGAGGAGCGCGUUAUUGAGCACAUUCGGAAAUCUCGCACCAUCUUCAUCAUGUGCCACAUUCCCAUCUUCUGCUGGCUCACCUCAACAGUUCUUCAGGAUUAUUUGGACAAAAGGAAAGAGGGAGAGCUUCCCACAACGCUGACUGACAUGUACUCAGGGUUUUUAGGUCACCUACUGGAAAACUCCAAGGAGAGAAAUACAGCGGAGUACAUCCUUGACGUGAAACCGCUAGCCAAGCUGGCCUUUGACCACACCAUGAAUAAGUGUCAAAUCUUCUACGAGAAAGACCUGGUGGACAGCGGUUUUGAUUACAGCCAAGCUGCAAAACACUCCGGAAUAUUCACUGAGGUCUUUAAGGAGGUCCCUCCGCUCAGAAGAAACAAACAGAAGAUGUUUCAGUUCCUUCAUCUGACCAUCCAGGAGUAUCUGGCCGCACUGUACGUAAUGAUGAGCCUCUUCCAUGACAACAAGAACGUACUGGAUGAUUCAGGAUGGUUACUGAAAAAAGUGGCCGAACUUUUGAAGCAGACCACAAUCACUGAGGUCCAGCAGUCAGCUCUGCAGAAAGCCUCAGAGAGUGAAGGAAACCUGGACCUGUUCGUCCGCUUCCUCUUUGGUCUUUCCUUGCCGUGCAAUCAGGAACUAGUGGGGGAACUGCUGAAGGCUCCUCAGGACUAUGGGCAAAGCAAGUCAAAGACAGUGGAGUUGAUCCAGGAAAGGAUAAAACGGAACACUCCAGAGAAGAACGUCAACUUGUUCUACUGCCUAAACGAGCUGAAGGACGACUCCUUGCUGAAGCAGAUCCAGCAGGAAUUAGCUUCAAGACGUUUGUCCUGGCAACAAAUGUCAAAUGACAUGUGGUCAGCCCUGGCCUUCUUCUUACUUACAGACGACGAAACCAUGAAGUCCUUUCAUCUUGCCAGCUACUCCCCAUCACCGUUGGGGCUGGAGAAGCUGCUGUUGGUGGUCAGGGCUUCUCAAAAAUCACAAUCCAUUAUUAUUAUUCAUAGCACCAUACUAAAGUCAGCAGAAGUUAGGUUUGGCUCACUCUCACGACUUCUUCCUGUGUUCUCCAGUCUAAAUCAGUGUUGGCUGGACAGAGGCAGCUGUCACCUGCUGGCUUCUGUUCUAAGUUCUCCAUCCAACCUUAGGCAUCUGGACCUGGGCUGCAACCACGAUGUGUCGGACAAGGGGGUCGAGAUCCUCUCAAAAGGACUGGCCAGCCCACACUGCCACUUAGAAGUCCUCAACCUGUCAAUGUGCUGGAUAACAAGGCGAGGAUGCAUUUCAUUGACUGAGGUUCUCAAGUUAAACCUCUCACAUCUUCAAGAGCUGGACUUAAACGGUAACAAACUGUCGGACGAGGGGGUUGAAAUCCUCUCAAAAGGACUGUCCAGCCCAAACUGCAUCUUAAAAGUCCUCCAUCUAAGAAAAUGCUUGGUCACAAAGCGAGGAUGUGUUUCACUGGCUGAGGCUCUCAAGUUAAACACCUCCCAUCUUCAAGAGCUGGACCUGAGCCUGAACGAUCUGUCGGAUGAGGGGGUUGAGAUCCUCUCGAAAGGACUGAGCAGCCCACACUGCAUCUUAAAAGUCCUCAGGCUGUCACGGUGCGGGAUCGCAGAUAAAGGAUGCAUUUCAUUGGCCAAGGCUCUCAAGUUAAACCCCUCCCAUCUUCAAGAGUUAUUUCUCAUCAACAAUCGAAUAAAGGAAGAAGAAAAGAGGGUCUUAUUAGAGCUCAAGGAAGAUCCCAGCUAUAGAGUCUACCCACGCACCACGUGUUCGCUGUAGGGUUCCGCCCACUUGUCCGUCAUUUUGACUCUGUAUUUGCAUUGCUUUCAAUUGAUGGCGCAAUUUAAAAUGCAUUUCAUGGAAGACCCGGUGCUUUCUGAUGCCGCAAACUCACUGGAUCUAUUGCAUAAAAGGCGUUAUGAGGAAAAGCUUCGUUCUAUACAGUCGCCAGAUCCAUAUUUGAUGCCCAAAUCGAUGUUUUUCGACCCACUGUCUUCGCCCUGUCUGCCUGACAUCUGCUACGCUGAUAUUUAAAAUGAUCUUGUCCACACAAAAUCGGCCUAUUCUCACGAAAAACUUCAAGAGCUUGGACGCUUAUAAAUACUUCGUUGCUGGUUGGGUGAAACAGGUCCUCGUUUGGCAGGAAUCUAUCUUGUGCUUGGAAAGGUGAGUUACGAAAUUUUCAAUUCGAAUUCUUUUGUUAUUGCUAACAUCCACUGUCAAGUCUAAUGUAUUUCAUGUCGUUUGUCAAUGGAGUUAAGGCUUUUAAUGUUUAUAUGGUUUAGCGAUAGCACGCACUACAUAAAGGCUUUUAAUGUUUAUAUGGUUUAGCGAUAGCACGCACUACAUACAUACGUGUAUGUUGUCGGCGAUUAGCCUAGCAAUGAUCUUAAUUGUGGUUAUUUGUCAGCCCCGUAGACGAGGCCAGUUUCCCUCACUUGGUACCAGCUAAAUAUUAUUCGAAAAAUAACGAUGGUGGAAGAAA